GCGGUGGCUGCGGCGGUGGCGGCUGAGCGGGGCCGGAGCGGGGCCGGGCGGCCCAUGGGGCCGAGCCGCGCUGCCGAUGGAGCCGCCACGCAGCUGUGGCGAUGGCGCGGAGGACGAGAAGAAGCCGCGGCGUCGGGGCGGCGGUGCGGACGCCGGACCCUCCCAGCUGCGGCGGCGGAGCAGCGGCAGCGCGGCGGGCGCGGACAGCGCGGCGGGUCCGCAGCCCCGCGAACGCGGCGGGUCCGUGAGCCGGCAGCGGCGGGACUCGGUCCGCAAGAAUCGCCCGCUCUUUCCCUGGUUUGGCUUGGACAUCGGAGGCACCUUGGUCAAACUGGUUUAUUUUGAACCCAAGGACAUCACGGCCGAAGAAGAAGAGGAAGAAGUGGAAAACCUCAAAAGCAUCCGCAAAUACCUGACCUCAAACGUAGCCUAUGGCUCCACAGGCAUUCGGGAUGUGCACCUUGAGCUCAGGGACCUUACCCUGUGUGGACGUAAAGGCAAUCUGCACUUUAUACGCUUUCCUACCCAUGACAUGCCUGCUUUUAUCCAAAUGGGGAGCGAAAAGCACUUCUCGAGCCUCCACACUACCUUAUGUGCCACGGGAGGUGGAGCGUACAAAUUUGAGCAGGACUUUCGCACAAUGGGUGACCUUGAGCUUUGUAAGCUUGAUGAGCUGGACUGCCUUAUUAAAGGAGUGCUGUACAUCGACUCCGUGGGCUUCAAUGGCCACUCAGAGUGUUACUAUUUUGAGAACCCCACGGAUGCUGAGAGGUGCCAGAAGCUUCCAUUCAACCUGGAGAAUCCCUAUCCUCUCCUUCUGGUGAACAUUGGCUCAGGGGUCAGCAUUUUGGCUGUCUAUUCCAAAGACAACUAUAAACGGGUAACGGGCACCAGCCUUGGAGGGGGAACCUUCUUUGGCCUCUGCUGCCUUCUGACAGGCUGCUCCACGUUUGAGGAGGCCCUGGAGAUGGCAUCCCACGGGGACAGCACCAAGGUGGACAAACUGGUGAGGGACAUCUACGGAGGAGACUACGAGCGCUUCGGGCUGCCAGGCUGGGCUGUGGCAUCCAGCUUUGGAAACAUGAUGAGCAAGGAGAAGAGGGAAUCUGUCAGCAAGGAGGACCUGGCCAGGGCCACUUUAAUCACCAUCACCAACAACAUUGGCUCCAUAGCACGGAUGUGUGCCCUUAACGAGAACAUCAACCGUGUGGUGUUUGUGGGCAACUUCCUUCGGAUCAACACCAUCUCCAUGAGGCUCCUGGCCUAUGCCCUGGACUACUGGUCAAAGGGACAGUUAAAAGCACUUUUCUUGGAACAUGAGGGUUACUUCGGCGCUGUUGGAGCUCUCCUGGGACUCCUGGACUCAGCCUGACUCUGUGCAGGAUCUGUGUUGGACCUCUGGAUUCAGGGCACUCCCUGGGCCACUGAGCCCCUGGUUUGGGGGUCACUGAGCCCAUGUUUUGUGUCACAGCCUCCACUGAGACUGUUCCACUGUGGUGGCCUGUGGGGAUGGGUGUCUGGAAGUGCUGAAAUCCAUCUGGGAUUACAGUGCAGGUUUGUUCCAAAGGAUGUGAUUGGAAUACACUGGCUGGACCUGGGGUUGUAUGGGAAGGUCUGGGGGGCAUUUCAAUCACAUGGAAUUGCCCUUUUUAGGGGAAUUUUUUUAGUUUUACUCCAUGUUUAAUGACGGUGACAAAGCAGAGCAGGGGUGCUCUGCUUCUUCCACUGGGAUCCCUUGGAGUGCCAAGUGCCCAGGUCAGUUCUGUGUUCACAAUCAGAGGUUCUCCAUGUGCUGGAAAAUGGUCUGGGAAAGGGGAAGAGCAUCAGCACAGGCCUGGUGUGUGUAACUGACUCCAUAUGGCCCGCUGGAUCCACACUGGGACACAGCUGUGCUGCCAGCCAGGCUUUAUCCCUGUUCCCCAAGUCCUUGUCCCAGUCCAGGGAUGGAAGGUAGAGCACAGCACGGGUCUGUGCCUCAGGGUGAGUCCCACUGCAGCCUCCAGCCCUCCUGCACCUCACCAGCACCCUCUGGGAUGGUGUCAGGGGUGUCAGUCAGCCUCGAGAUCUAGAUUUGAGGGUGGAAUAGGGAUAUUUGUUUGUUUGUCUGGGGUUUUCUCUCUGUUACCAAACUCCACCAAAGAGACACUUCCUUCAGUCACACUUGGAUCUCUGUAAUAUUCCAUGUUACAUUUCUCAUGGCUGCACUCCUGUUGUUUUGGGGGAGUUCUCCCCUCUCCAUGCAUGCUGUGCUCCCUCUUUUCCCUGUGCAUGCUGCCACACAGCCUGUGAGCAGGAUACUGCAGCGUGGAGCCCCUCUGGAAGUUACACCCUGGGGAUGGGGGGUUGGAGUGGAUCCUGCACGCUCAAUAAAUGCUCUCUAAAAGCAACAA